GAGGUCAAGGAAUAGGAGAUAGGGUUAGAAUUUAGGAGCUGAUUUUUGGAUUAUCGGAACGCAACCUAAGUCACAACCGCUCAAACCAACUACCAACUACUACCGUGAAGUGGGCAGAGAAGGAGUCCGAGAAAGUUGCUCCCUUAUGUGAUGUAAUAUGAUGCGUUUGACGUAUAACGUUAAAAAACAGAACGGCUACUUCCCCCACUGAAUUCCUGCCCUUAUGUCUCGUAAAACAUAUAAAAUCAUGCAUUAACUUUUUAUUAAUUGUAAUUUCCAGGCAAGGUUAAGCUAAGCAUAAAUGUAGUAAAGCUGCAAGUUGCUCUUUAACACCUAUGCAACUUCUGGUCACGUGGAAUUGGCCGUUGUCAUGGUAACUGUAAACAGCAGAGCGCGCACACCGGGACAAAGGAGUCAGAAACAUGUCGGAUGUCGGUUCUGAUGAGUUUGAUGAUGAACGCGGGAAACUCGGGGAGUAUGACGGCGGGAGGAACGGAGCCGGAGAGAGGCACGGAGCCGGGAGAGCCGUCCUGCCCAACGGGGACGUGUAUCAGGGCGGGUACGAGAGCGGCAGGAGGCACGGACAGGGGACAUAUUGCUUCAAGAAUGGGGCGAGAUAUGUUGGAGACUAUUACCAGAACAUGAAACAUGGACACGGCACCUUCUACUAUCCCGAUGGCUCUAAAUAUGAAGGUUUGUGGGUUGAAGACCUGAGACAGGGUCAUGGUCUCUACACCUACCCCAAUGGAGAUGCUUAUGAGGGGGAGUGGCUUCAUCAUAUGAGGCAUGGCCAGGGCAUUUACAACUACCAGGAAACUGUCUCCAAGUACAAGGGCUCAUGGGUAAAUGGCAAGAUGGAGUCAGCUGGGGAGUAUAUCCACUCUAACAACAGAUACAUGGGUAACUUUGUCAACAAUAAUCCGUCCGGCCCGGGGAAGUACGUGUUUGACGGCUGUGAGCAGCACGGUGAAUACCGCCCCGCUGAGCAGGACCGAGCUGAGGGUGAGUGGGGAGAGUCGGGCUCGCCUGCCAUCCUCAAGUGGAUCCCCAAGUGUGUAACCGAGUUGACGCUGUGGACAGGCACACACACCUCAUAAAAUGACAGGGCUUCAGCAGAGGCAGAGAACUGACAUGUCUGAUCAAUCCUCAAACAUAAAUAUACUAAUACAUUUGUAAAUUAGCCUUGUCUCUUUCUUUGAAGGUGUUUAGUAGAAGCAACAGGAAACAUUUCCUUAUAUAAUGUGCUGCCCCUGUCUGCUAAUCUCCAAACAGCUUCAUAUGUCUGAAAUACAUCAAACGCUACCAGACCUGGUAUAUUCACAGUGUUCCAUUUAAAAAAAGGUGAUAGAGGAAGUUAAUUAAAUAAAUCAAAUUAUUUGUAAACUAUUUACAAUUUAAAACAGGGUAAGAAUGUGUUUUCUGUUGUUUUGUUAGGAGGUUGCUGCUUGAAUGCUUUCAGACAAUUUUACUGUGUACUUUUUUUGUUAGGUUAGGUUCUGACAAAUAAAAUUACUGAAAAACAUA